CAUUCACAUACAAAAUCGUUACUAUAAUUCAAGGUACUUGGCCUUUUUGAAAUCUCAUGUAAACAAUAAAGCGCAACCGGAAGGAUCUAUAGCGGAAGGUUACCUUUUGUGGGAGACAAUUGCAUUUUGUUCGAGAUAUUUAGAAAGUGUUGAGACUAUGUUCAAUAGACCUAGAAGGAAUGAGGAUGGUGUAUCAAACAUUGACAACUAUUUGUAUAACUCUGGUGGUCGUGUUGUUGGAAAGAAAGAAAAUGUCCGGUUGGAUGAUAGAAGUUUAAAGCAAGCUCAUCGCUAUGUUUUACUUCAUUCCGAUGAACUAACCCCGGUGCUCAAUGAGUUCUUAAAAUUAAAGAGGCAAGAGAAUGACGUUGGAGGUAGUCAAGCUGAUGAAUCUAUUGAAAAUCAGUGGAUAAUUGAUGAAUUUGCAGAUUGGUUGCAAAGCCAGGUCCAUAAUUUAGAUGAUAGCACGGUAGAAGGAAAGUUAAGAAAAGCCUUAGCCGGUGGCUUGAGUAACCGCGGGAAAAGGAUGAAAAGUGUUAUUAUCAAUGGUUACAAAUUUGAUAUUGUGGAUCGCGAGCGAUUUCGAAUAACUCAGAAUUCAGAAAUCAUGGUGGAAGCAGAGGGUCACGAAUAUUAUGGAAAACUCAAAGAAAUUUUGGAAUUAGAUUAUUAUGGUUCUUAUAAGGUUGUAUUGUUUCGUUGUGAUUGGGUCGAUAUCCGUAGGGGUAUCAAAACAAAUCCGAAUGGAAGUGUUCGUAUCAAAAUCUCAAAGUUGAUGCACACAGGGCGAUUUUUGCGUGAUGAUCCAUUUGUUUUCUCAUCUCAAGCAAAACAAGUUUUUUAUAUUGAGGAUGAGAUACAAAAAGGGUGGUGUCAUGUUGUGAAAACUAAGCCUAGGGACUUGUUUGAUAUACCUGAAUAAUUUGUUUACAACUUUUAUAAUUUAUUAUAGAUUUGAGUUCAUAAAUUUGGAUGGGUGUGUAUUUUUAUAUUUCAUUUAGUUAUUCUAAUUCAUCAAAUUUUGCAUUUUGUUAACUUAAUUUCUGUUUUAAUGGUACUAAGUAGUAUUAUUGUCUCGGUUUCUUAUUGGUCAAAUAACAACUGAAUUCUAAAACUGAAUUCCAAACUGAAUCCAGAACUGAAUUUCUGGUAUGAUUCAUUUCUGGAAUAAUCAGUUCUGGAAUUCAUCUUUGGAAUUUCAACUCUGAUGCAUUGAUUAUUGUUGUUCUUAUUUUGUAUAUCAGUUUAGAUGUUUAGUUUAGCUAUACAUAUAUUGUCUUGUCUUUAUAUCAGUUUUGUCUAUAUAUAGUGUCUUUACUUUCCACUGAUAUUGUGAUUACAUCAGUUCAGAAAUGUAAUUGAACUAAGUGUUGUUGCUGUUUGUAAUGAACUCACUGUAAUUGUGAUAUUGUGAUUAUAGUUCAGAACUAUAUAGUUUAUUGUGAUAUUGACAAACUAAUGUAGCUUGUCUUAUG